UUUCCUGCGCCCCACACGUCACAUGUAUGCGUUCGCACCUCCUCUGCGCCCUCCCGGCGGCUUGGCACCCUUUAACGUCGGCAGCCCAUCGAACAGCAAACGAUCAUCUGCGGCUCUCGGCAGGCGACAUGGACGACUGUAUCUAUUUUUGAUGGCUGCGAGAUUCUUUUUCCUCGUAGGAAUGACGGAGGAAAGUCAAUUUGAGGCAUGCCGGCCACGGGGAAUGGUCGUCUUUGUCAGGGCCCAUAAACAAUCCCGUAUCUCCAAUUUUCUGGGAUUAGAAACACACAACGUUUGGCAAUCGAUGCUUUUUUUCAUGAACUUCAACUGUCUCGAUCUCGUUGCGCGACGAGCUAGAAUCUUCCUUCCUCCGAGCUGCAGAGCUUUGUUGUCAGUCAACCCCGUUGAGGAAUGAAGUCCAGCAUGAGGCAGUGGCGGAGGCUCGUGGUGGUGGGAAUCCUGGCCUGGGGUCUCAUCUUUCUCAGCCUUUUUUCCUACUUCCUGGACGCCCGCGUCAACGAGUUGCUUACCUCCGCCGGGUCCCUGCUGUCGCAGCACCCCGAUACCCGCCGCCUGACCUCCAUCCAGGCCUCCCCUCAGCAGAACGGCGUCGCGGCCUCGCCGGGAGAUGGGCCGGAAACGGAGGUGAGCCGCGGCCCCGACAGCAGCCAGGAGAGCGGUCGCCGAGACUACUUGGACCCGCAGACUCUGGCGGCCUGGUCUUCCUUCGGCACAGAGAAUGUGGACUCUCCCGCGGACCCGGUGGCCCAGAGUCACGAGAGGCCUUCCCAGACUGCGGGACAUCAAAACCGUGUGAGCGGCUCAAAGGGAGAUGAGCGAGAAAGUGCAGAUGAAGAAAAGGGAAACCAAAUGAAGUCGGCAUCAGUGUUGGAGCGCCUGUGGCGGGGCCGCUUGUCCGCCGACAUGCUGGACCCUUGGCUGCAGCAGGUCCAGAAAGGCUUCUUGAAUGCCAACAGCCAUCACGUGGCCUACAAGGGGCCCCGCCGGGCCUCUCAAAGUGCCAAGGAGCUGCUGUGUCAGAUGAAGACCCGGGCCCCGCUGAGCACGCUAGACGGGUCGGAGGAGCCCUUCUCCUCAUUGGGAUGGGCCCGCCUGGUGCCCUUUCUCCCAUUGGAGCAGCUGCACAGGUCUCCGGGUGGGAGCAGCUUCAGGACCUGCGCCGUGGUCUCCUCUGCUGGCUCCGUACUACGAUCGGGACUGGGCAAAGAGAUCGAUGCUCACGACGCUGUGAUGAGGCUCAACGCGGCGCCCACUGAGGGUUACGAGAAAGACGUGGGCAACAAGACCACCAUACGUGUCAUCAACUCAAAGGUUAUUGUAAGUCCAAAGCACCACUUCAAGACCAGUUCUCUUUACAAGAAUGUAACCUUGGUGGCCUGGGACCCUCCGCCUUACUCGCUCAAAUUGCACAAGUGGUUCACCAGUCCAGACUUCAACCUGUUCGCUCCGUACAUGGAGCACCGCGAGUCCCAUCCCGAGCAGCCCUUCUACAUCCUCCAUCCCAGGUACCUUUGGGGCCUCUGGGAUGUGAUUCAGGGCAACACUCUGGUGAACAUCCAGCCCAACCCUCCCUCGACUGGCUUCAUAGGGAUCCUCCUGAUGAUGGCGCUGUGCGAGCAGGUCCACGUGUACGAGUUCCUCCCCUCCACGAGGAAGACGGACCUGUGUCAUUACUACGAGCGUUACUCGGACGCGGCCUGCACGCUGGGCGCCUACCACCCGCUGUUGUACGAGAAGAGCCUCAUCCAGCGGAUCAACAGCGGCACCGAGGCCGACCUGCGCAACAAGGGACGAGUCACGCUCCCCGGCUUCCGCACUUUCGACUGCGACAUCUGAAUUGACCAGAGAUGACUCACUGAGCCCACGUUAUGGAACUCUGACCUUUUCUGGGCCCACUUCGGGCGCGCUUGCAAUAAAGCCACUGGAGAUGAGGAGGCUGCGGCGGAGGGGUGGGGGUGCAGCUGGGCUUACAAGUUUUGGAUUAGAUUGACAAAAAACACAAGCCAUAUUGCUUCAGGGUGCUGGGGGGAAUCAACAUAGAGGCUUUGGGAAGAGCUUGUUUUCAUCAAAAUGUUCUUUGGGUUUUCCAGGCUGCUGGAGGGGGGGAAAAAAAAACUAAACAAAAAAAAUGCGACAUAUGUCUUUGAAAAAGACAUAUCUCUCUGCUUUAGCUGAGCCACGUUAGCUGUGGAGCUGACUUAGCGUAGCCACAGCUUUUAAAGAGUUUUUAGGGAAUUUUCAACAAUGUUCUAAUUGGUGGAAAGUGUCUUUUUUAAUAGUCAGGGUGGUUAUCCUCUUUCACACUUUUCUGGUAGUGGCCGAAGCACUUUUGUAUACUCGUCAGAGGUCAUCCGGGUUGUUGUAAUUUGGCUUUGGGAUAGUGUGCACGACCAGUUCAGUCCCCCUCGAUGUGAUUUUUGACCUGAUUACGCGGCUUGUUGCUCCACGUUUAAAAACCUCCCGCAGGUUCUCCCCCUCGCCGACAUAAAAGAACAUCGCAGGUGCCUGCCCAGUUUAGUUAAUUUAGUUGACGGAGCGAGGUAGGCUGAAGGAUUGGGGGUUAGUGGGUAGCUGAUGGAAAAUAUAUACAAUCAUAGAUUGAUUUCAGUACGUUCUUUUAUCAAUGCCCGUCCCACAUCUGCUGACUUGUUUGGUAUUGACUAAUGACUUGAUUAGACUUGAGUAUGUUUGUGGUUGGAGGGUUAUAGUCCCCGUUUGAUUAAAUCAGAGAAUGACUCCUGGGUUGUGAGAAGACAAUGGUCAUCAUUGAGGGCAUCGUCCAUCUUUAAUGAAGACGAUGAGGCGGAGCUAAAGUAUAUUUUUUAAACAACCACUGUGUUUGCUGCUUUUGCUGUAUAUUUGUUACUUCUUGCAUCUUGGGGUCGUCUAGGUAGAGCAGGACAGGAAUGUACAGUACACGGGUAAAAUGUUGGUAUGCAAGUAGAGUAGGGUAAGCUAGAGAUGUGGGCAGGUACGGUCGGCAAUCGGGCAAAAUGUAAGCAUUUUCUCUUGUCAUUCGAGCAAAGUCAGAAAUAGCUCGGUUGUCAGGUCUCAAAAAGAUUAUUCUCAGCGAUGAUGAUCCUGUGGUGUGGUGGCAUCUCCUCAAUCACAAGACCGCAAAUGUUAAGCCUGUUUUGAUAUUUCUCAUCGCAAAUCGCCGGUCCUAACACAAAAUGGAGGAGCAACUGAAUGUGUGGACUGUUUGUAUGAUGCGUUUGCCAAAUCACGCGCCACAAUAAAACUAAACAAGGAGAGUUUGCAACCGCAACGUAGUUUUUCGAUUUUUUUGGUUUUUUUCCGGAGGUGUAGACGCCCCGUAUACGACGCAGCCGGUUUGGGGGAAGAGAUUUUUGGUUGCGUUAUCGUUACACGUGUGGUGGAUUGAACUGGAUUCCCGUCGGCCACCUCACGUGACUUAACGGCCAGCCAUCCAUAGAGCUGGCCCCUAACCUCAUACAGUUGUGCUAAUACUCAUUUUUUUUUUUUUUUUUUAAAUGACACCUCGGCGAGUUCAACUUUUUAUAUGACCUCUGAUGAAAAGUGAGGGAGAGACUGUGCACCUGAUUGCCUGUGACAACGGGCUCAUCUCAUUUCUAUAUUUGCAACUUACUAGGAGACGCGAACCGUCUGCGUGGCUGAAUGAUUACGAUCACCACAAAUGUCCACUUUAUGCUUUAAAGUGAAAUAUAAUCAAUAUGUUUACAUCCCUCGAUUUAAGACAGCCCCUGGAAGCUCCUCGAUGCGUGUGAGACGCUCGUGAGAACCAACUUCUGGGUCGCUUUCGAUGUUGCGAGGAGCUAGGAACGUUGCAUUUAAGAGACUUGAGAUGGGCCCAACAUCUUUUUUUGAAGAAAUGAAGCAACACCACCUCCAAUCCUAACAGCCUUAUAGGGUGUUCUUGUUGACUGGUCUGUACAUUCUCUUCUUAUUAUUGUUACACUUGAGAAUCAAGAUUUGAAUUUGUGAUGUAAGAUGUUCCUUUUUUCUUUUACAAUGUAAAUAAAACCUUCUGCGUGUCUAUAAAGAA